AUGCUGAUGAUGGGCAGUGGCACGAGUAAGGCAGAAGAGGAUUUGACAUCAGACUACUUCAGAGUUGUCAGUGGCCACAGCAAACGACGCCGCACCCUUUUGUUAUAUUCCAGCAGAGUCACCUUUGAUCCAAUUACUGCUAGUGCUUCGGUGCUUCUCUCUGAAGAUGGCCUGGCUGUCACAGUGGAGCACAGUGGGCUCCUUACCUGGAAAGACUACCAGGUCAACAAAGAGAUAGGCUUCAGGGUGCUGUGCUCUCAAGAGUUCAGCAGUGGGAAGCACUACUGGGAGAUUCAGCCACCGGAGGAUGAAGACAGCAACUGGGCCGUGGGUGUGACAUAUAAAAACAGGCAGGACCAUUACCAGAGCUUGGGCCAAGACAGCAGCUCCUGGUGUGUCAGAUGGCAGAACAAAGGGGAAGAUAAGGAUAAUGACAAGAUGGCUGACAAUAUGGAAGAAACAAAAGAUGGGGAAGUAAUAUUGCCAAAGUCACUGGUGAAGGAAAAUGCUGUAAAACUCAAGGUGCCCAAUCUGGAAUCAAAGAAAAGCAAAUUGGAAGCAUACCUUAAAAAGGAUAAGAGCCAGGAAAGUUUUCCGCAGGACAAGCACAAAAGAGAAAGAAAUCAAGCUUUGGUGGAAGAUGUAGCAGAAGGAGAGGAGAAAGUGUCAGAGUUAACAGAAGAGAACAAAUGCACUUUAACAACUAUGCAGGAGGGCAAAAAUUUCCCAAAACAAUCCAGCACUGGAUUCUUUGCCUCCCAUAACCAGGAGAUGAGCCUGCUGUCCCAGAAGCCCCCUGGGAAGAUUGGGGUUUUGUUGGACUAUGACCAAGGGUGGCUGUCAUUUUUCUUGGUGUCUGACUCUAAGGUUAGGCUCUGCUGCAGAUUUCAGGCCCUUUUUUCUGCUCCUCUCUACCCCUCUAUAUGGCUAAGAGAUCCAGACAGCACAAUGACUAUUAGUAAAGGACUCGAAACACUGCAGUAGUGCCAGCUGCAAGGAAAAAAAAUAUAUAAAUAUAGAGUGUAUUAUUGUUGUUUCUAUAGUAACAACUUACACAUUCACU